UCGUUGGUCGGUGGAGAGAGAGAGAGAGAGAGAGAGAUUCACGUUUAGUCCUUUGUGCGAAAUCCACAAUCUCCAUCCUUCCUCUCCUUGGCUUCGUGAGAUCCCUUCCCGGUCGGUCGAUUCCGCUCCCAUCCCUAUGGAGGAGGCGCAAGUGGUGGAGUCAAAAGAUGGGACCAUCUCUGUGGCUUCUGCAUUCGCUGGUCACCAUGAAGCUGUUCAAGAUAGAGACCAUAAGUUUUUAUCAAAAGCUGUUGAAGAGGCAUACUGUGGAGUUGAAUGCGGUCAUGGAGGCCCAUUUGGUGCAGUUGUUGUUCGUAACGAUGAGAUAGUUGUUGGUUGCCACAACAUGGUGCUGAAGGACACAGAUCCUACUGCUCAUGCUGAAGUGACCGCAAUAAGGGAGGCUUGCAAAAAGCUUGGGAAAAUCGAACUUGAUGAUUGUGAGAUAUAUGCUUCCUGUGAGCCUUGUCCAAUGUGCUUUGGAGCAAUUCAUCUUUCACGAAUUAAGAGGCUGGUAUAUGGUGCAAAGGCAGAGGCUGCCAUAGCUAUUGGAUUCGACGAUUUCAUCGCUGAUGCUCUGAGAGGUACUGGGUUCUAUCAGAAGGCUCAUCUGGAGAUCAAACAAGCCGAUGGCAACGGAGCGAUCAUCGCUGAACAAAUAUUCGAGAAAACCAAGGAGAAGUUUCAGAUGUACUAAAUAUCUUAGGAGGCCAGGCAAAAGCAUUAAUAUUUCCUUUCCGGUCUUCUAAAUGCAAAACAAUGAACAAUCUCGACAAACUUCCUCUCUUGCCAAUGCUGAUGAUACUCUUUUAAUCAAUCGAUAGCUCUACUCUUUAAUCAAUCAAUAGCUCAUUUCAAUGCA